CUCUUGGGGAAAGGAGGACAGACCUGCACUUCUUGGAGAAUGGGAGAAUUUGGGCGCAUAGUGGUGUUUGUGAUGACUUUCAUCAGCUGCAAUGCCCUCCUGGAUCUGUCUGGUGUCCACCAGGUCACGGGUACAUGGAUGGGAUCCACCACUGUACCAUGUACCUAUGUGCCCUCAGAAGGUUUCACACAGCAAACGCUCAGCUGGAGUGUGGAGCGGGACUCCACCAUCUCUACCAUCUUACGAAGGGAUCAUUCUGGUGACCACAUCAUGCUGUCUAAAUUCCGAGGCCGAGUCAGCGUCCCAAAGAACAGCCCAGGGGAUGCCUCACUCCUCAUUGAGAACCUUGAAAUGCCUGACAGUGGACACUACACCUGUAAAGUCACCUGGAGGUCUACAAAUAAUACCUUGAUAACAAGAGAAGUGACCACUACAGUUAAAGUUGUCAAAGUGGCCGCCACCAAGCCCAUCAUCAGAGCUGGAGAGCUGGGGCUGACGGUGCCCGCCGGAGCCAGCACCAGCCUGACCUGCGAGGCCCGCGGCUCCCCUCCCAUCAGCUACCGCUGGUUCCGGGGCGCCCCGGCGGGCGACGCCGUGCUCCUGAGCAGCGGGGCCGAGCUGGCGUGGCGCAGCCUGCGGCCCUCGGACGGCGGCACGUACUUCUGCGAGGCGCAGAACAGGGCCGGCGGCGGGGCCGUGCGGCGCAGCGAUGCCGUGCGGCUGACCGUGACAGGUCUGCCCACAACAACAGCGGCCUUGUGGACGAAUAUGGGAACCAUGGGUGGACACCAUUCAUCCACUGGUUGGGGAGAGCACAGUGGCAUGGAGCGCACAGUGACAGGUUCCCCGCGGGUCGCGGCGUCCCCGCUGCUGUACGGGCCGGCGGCCGCGCUGGGCGGCGCCGCGCUGGGCGCGCUGCUG